AAAUUUUUCCAAUACUGUGGUUACGCUAGGUCAAGGGUGUUACAUGUUAGCGAAUCGCUUACUGGAAAAGUUUGAAAAAGUCAGACUGCUAGGGGUGAGACCAUAGUUUAUGGACGACUUUUGAGUGACGUCAAAAUGACCUUGAGGAUGUCUACGUAAUUAUAAGGGCUAAAGGAGGGUUAUAACACAGGUUUAUAUAUAAACCUAUGUGGAGUAUAAGAACUAUGAUUAACGAAUAUUGGUUAGGGUUAGGAAUCAGAUUUGGGGUUUUAAUCAUGGGCUGACACCAGCUAAAAUGACUAAGCGUUGUUUAGCUAAAUAGGUGAAUGUAUUUCGCGUCAAAAUCCAAAACUUGUUGUCGUAAAUCUGAAUGGAAUUAUCUUCAACACUUUGGAUAAAAUGUGGCAGUCUUAUUUUCUUGACAUGUCAAACCUCCUGCCUAAUUUUAUUGAUGCGUGUUUCACGUUCAGUUCAGAAUUCGGAGUUAUACUCAGCUUCAACGGUUGUUGUAUGUAGUGAAUUUCUAAAACUUCUACUGUCGAUAUUUUUGGUUUUAUCCCAAGAAGGUGAAAUUAAACGUAGUAUUUCAUCAAUAUAUAAUCAAAUAAUUGUUCAGUAUAAUGAUAUGAUUCAAAUUUUAAUUCCCUCAACUCUUUAUAUUGUACAGAAUAAUUUACUAUAUUUUGCCAUUUCACAUUUGAAUGCUGUUUUAUAUCAGAUACUUUAUCAGAGUAAAAUAUUCACUACUGCUAUAUUUAUGAUACUAUUAUUAAAUCACCGCCUACGUUCAACUCAAUGGUUUGCUCUCUUAUUACUCAGUACAGGUAUUAUCUUAACACAGUUGCCUUCAUUAGAUCAAUCAACAUCGAGCAGUGAAUUCCAUUCAAAUUUUUAUGGGUUGUUGGCAAUUUUAUUGGCUUCUUUUACUAGCGGCUUUGCUGGUGUUUACCUUGAGAAAAUAUUUAAAGGAACGUCAACUUCGAUCUGGAUGCGAAAUCUACAGUUAGGUCUCUUCGGCGUGCCAAUCGGUCUGUUUGGAGUCUUCAUUAACGAUGCAUCAAGAGUCAAAACUCUGGGUUUUUUUUACGGUUACACACCUAUCGUUUGGAUUGUAGUUAUUCUUCAGGCGUUUGGAGGGCUAGCAAUAGCCUUUGUCAUGAAAUAUGCUGAUAACAUUUUGAAAGGUUUCUCUAUGGGUCUAUCAAUGAUUCUGUCAUCUCUCAUAUCUUAUUUCCUGUUUGAUGACUUUACUCCAAACAUGUAUUUAUUUGUCGGAUCCAUAUUAGUUAUCAGUGCAACGCUAAUAUACGGUCUCCCGGCAAAGUAUGACGCAGUCUACCCAAACGUAAACAAAGCAUAAACUUGCAGGAAAUGUUACAUCAACAUAGUGAUAACAAUCAAAAUGUAAAGUGUUUUUUUCUGGAAAAAUAAAAAUGACAAUCUGUUAUAACGCUCGGAUUUCCUUUGUCUUUACGAAUGGGACGCUAAUUUGCCGUAGACGUAUAUCUCCAUUAGAUUUCCUCCCGGUGUCUAUUCUACAGGACUUCAACACAACUCAGAUCAAGAACACGUGAUUAGUCUGACUGAAACGUAAAUAUAUUUACACCAAAAACCGACAACAAGCCGACACAAUCCAGCAACAAUCGAUAAUAAUAAUAAUAACGAUAAGAAAAUAUAUAACUUAUCUAACGCCUGUCAGACUAUCUACAACCAACCAUUCUCACCCACACGUCACAAUCUUAUAAAAUAUCUACGGCGUUGUACAAGUGUUCAUUGAUUGAGAAUGCUGAGGAACAGUGAUUUCAUUAUCACUGGUAUCAUAAGUAUGGAACUCCGUAGGACUUUCCUGUCUUUGGAAUACUGAUAAUGCGGGUACAGAGUACUUUUCUGCUGCCGCCAACGCUAAUUCCUCUGCAUCUUUUGGUGAAUGACCAUUAUCCAGCUCAGAAAAGUACGUGACAGUAAAUGCUAAACCAUCAUGCAUGAUAUUAUGGAUAGGGUCUAAGUCGACUAGUUCAUUACCUAAUUCUUCACCUAAUACAUCGACAGCAGGUGAUGGAUGAGGAAGAUCAUAUUUUUGGUGUGAUUCAACACGGCAACGAGGAGAAUGUUGUGCUACGCUCAAUCCGCUUAAAGAGUAACACGUGUGAUACGCAUCAGGGUUUUUUCCAGGUUUAUCAAUUAAUCCACCAUCAGAAGUAGAUACAUCGUAUUCAGACGUGAAAUUUUUAUUUGAAGACAAUUUUUCACCAGAAGAAUCAUCUGCAUGCACACUCAGACCUGGACGAGUGUAAGAAACCUUUUGGCAGCAGAGCAGUAUAUAUUCCUAGUAAAGAAUAAAAUUAUGAAUUGAUAAAUUUUCAUAGUUUCUGGUUCUUGAAAACUAUCACAACUUUUAUUAGAUAAAUUAAUAUCAAAUAUUGAGUAAAUGACUAUUUAAUCAAGUAAUUU